AUGGGAGGCUGCGUCGGCCGGCUGGUGGCAGCACGGGCGCUGGCAAGCCUGCUGGCUCUGUGCCUGCUGCACGCCGCCGCACAGGCGGCAGAUGCAGGCGCCGACAGCGGCACCAGAGAGGCAGAGGCGGAGGCGGAGGUGUCCCUGAUGCGCAGCGUGCGGCAGGCUCUGUACGAGUCUCACCCAGGGCUGGCGUACCGACUGGAGGGCUGGCACCCGGCCGACAAUGUGACCCACCCCUGCGACUGGAACCGAGUGUGGUGCAACGCAGACCGGCGCAUCGCAGUGCUGCGGCUGGCCCCCGACUAUGGAAUGCCUGGCGACGUCGAUGGCAGCGGGCUGCCCUCCUGCGACAGCCCGGCGGCGGCGGGCGGCAACCGCCCGCCUUUUGUGGCGCCGUUGGGCCUAGCUGGGCUGCAGUGGCUGGAGGACUUGGAAGACGCCGCACCCAGCAGCCUGUGCCGCGCACUGGGCGGGCUGACUCUGGCCGCCACGGGCACCGGCUGUGCGCCGCUCCCCGACGUCGCCCCCGGCGCCCUGCCGAGCCUGGUCUCGCUCCUGCUGGCCUUCCCAGGGCUCAGCAGCACGCUGCCUGCCAGCUGGGGUGCGGCUGGCAGCGCGCUGCCCUCGCUGGCGCGCCUCGAAUUACAGCUAGAGGUGUCGGGCCCGCUACCCGCAGCCUGGGCCCGGGGUUUCCGCCUGCUGACCAAGCUGACCAUCACAGGGGCGGACCCCACACCUCCACGCCGCAAGGCCCCGGGCGGCGGCAGGCGCCUGCCGCCGCAGUGGGCUGCGGGCUUCCCGUCGCUGGCCCACUUGGCCCUGUACGCUUUGGGCCUUUCGGGCCACUUCCCACCGGGGUGGAGCAGCAGCGGCUUCCCGGCUCUGAAGUCCCUGUGA